AUGCGACCGGGCUUUGCACGACGACGAGAAGGGGAACGCGCCUCCGCGCGACCCCCUUCGUCUUCGUCCGCGGACCCCCAAACAACCGCAGGCAGGGUCUCACUCUCGCAGGCGAGACGCUUGACCAGCGAAUUUUUGGCACGGCUCCGACCGCCGGAGGCCUGCGUGCGCACCCUCGUCGAACGACGCGACGGGGAUAUCCCUCGCAAUUCAUUCCACUUCGUCGCAAUCGCCGAGGGGAUGCGAAAUUAUGGUCAAUUGGAUAGCGUUGACGUGGUCGAAACACCGCCGGCUGCAUGCGAGAAUUUACUCGGCGAGUAUGUCGUCGUAUUCGCGGGUCUGACCUCAUUUCCCCUCGCUGCUGACCCCUUGUUUGGCUCUCGAUUGUCGCCACCGGCACGACGGCAGCAGAGGGGCGUCGUAAGCCGACCUUCACGCAAUCUGAAUGUUAAGCAAGGACCUUGUUUCUCGACCCCCCAUGCCGACUUAAAAGGCCACGAUUUGCUGCAGACCCCGAGCCGCCGGAGGCACGCGGGGGGUCCCUCGGCGAAGGAUGCGACGAGGGUGGGGCACCCUCCCCUCCUUCCUUCUUUACCUCGACGUCGGGCCGCUGUGACCCCCAUCUUUGGGCCAUUUUACGCCGGCCCCGAGCCGCCGGAGGCGCGCGUGGGGUAUUCUAGUGUUUACGAAGCAGUGCAUUCCGAGGUGCCGCCCGAGCGUGCUGCACGCUGCAUUCCCCGCAAUCUGAAUGUUAAGCAAGAUGGCUCAGAGCGAACCAGACCCCUCGGCCCCUUGCCCUCCAAUCAUUGGUCGACAAAACGACGGUAA